AUGAAGGCUCAGGAGGACCCCGAGGGCCAGAUACAGCAUGACUCCCCAGGCUCAGCAGGGACUUCCACCAGGGACCCACAUUUGUCAAAGCCUUCGGAGCCCCAGUUUGACAUGUUGUACAAGAUUGAGGACGUGCCACCUUGGUACCUGUGCAUCCUGCUGGGCUUCCAGCAUUACCUGACAUGCUUCAGUGGCACCAUUGCUGUGCCCUUCCUCUUGGCGGAGGCGCUGUGUGUGGGCCACGACCAGUACAUGAUCAGUCAGCUCAUCGGCACCAUCUUCGCAUGCGUGGGUGUCACUACUCUUAUCCAGACCACACUGGGUAUCCGGUUGCCGCUGUUCCAGGCCAGUGCCUUUGCAUUUCUGGUUCCAGUCAGAGCCAUCCUAGCCCUGGAUAGAUGGAAAUGCCCCCCUGAAGAGGAUAUCUAUGGUAAUUGGAGUCUGCCUCUGAACACCUCUCAUAUCUGGCAACCUCGGAUGAGAGAGAUCCAGGGUGCGAUCAUGGUGUCCAGCACAGUGGAGGUGGUGAUCGGGCUGAUGGGGCUGCCUGGAGCCCUGCUCAACUAUAUAGGGCCUCUCACAGUCACCCCCACUGUCUCCCUCAUUGGCCUUUCUGUCUUCCAAGCUGCUGGUGACCGAGCUGGCUCCCACUGGGGCAUCUCAGCUUGCUCCAUUCUCCUGAUCAUCCUCUUCUCCCAGUACCUGCGCAACCUCACCUUACUGUUCCCUGUGUACCGCUGGGGCAAGGGCCUCACUUUCUUCCGCAUCCAGAUCUUCAAGAUGUUUCCGAUUGUGCUGGCCAUCAUGACUGUGUGGCUGCUCUGCUAUGUGCUGACCCUGACAGAUGUGCUGCCCUCAGACCCAGCAGCCUAUGGCUUCCAUGCACGAACUGAUGCCCGAGGGGACAUCAUGAGUAUUUCUCCCUGGAUCCGAAUCCCCUACCCAGGUCAGUGGGGUCUUCCCACAGUGACUGUGGCUGCUGUCCUGGGAAUGUUCAGUGCCACACUGGCAGGCAUCAUUGAAUCCAUUGGUGAUUACUAUGCUUGUGCCCGCCUGGCUGGCGCACCACCCCCUCCAGUACAUGCUAUCAAUAGGGGCAUCUUCAUCGAAGGCAUCUGUUGCAUUAUCGCCGGGCUUUUGGGCACAGGCAACGGGUCCACCUCAUCCAGUCCCAAUAUUGGCGUCCUAGGGAUUACUAAGGUGGGCAGCCGGCGCGUGGUGCAGUACGGCGCGGCUAUCAUGCUGGUCCUGGGGACCAUCGGCAAGUUCACAGCCCUCUUCGCCUCGCUCCCUGACCCUAUUCUGGGGGGCAUGUUCUGCACCCUCUUCGGCAUGAUUACCGCAGUUGGACUGUCCAACCUGCAGUUCGUAGACAUGAACUCCUCCCGCAACCUCUUUGUGCUCGGAUUUUCCAUGUUCUUCGGACUCACCCUGCCCAAUUACCUGGACUCCAACCCCGGCGCCAUCAAUACAGGCAUUCCUGAAGUGGACCAGAUUCUGACUGUGCUGCUGACCACGGAGAUGUUUGUGGGCGGGUUCCUUGCUUUCCUACUGGACAACACAGUGCCAGGUAUGGGUCAGCUCUGGGAGGGAAGGCAGAAAUAGGCUGGACUCCAGCAACUGGUCCUGUGAAUGGUUGUGACUAGAUCUGAUGCCAUGCAGGUCUGCAAGGAGCAGAUAGGCUGGUGGA